CCACUUGGAAGAGCAAAGACCAGCUCUUAGGUGACAAGGUCAGAGGGCCCCUGUUUAGCCCUCCACCUCCAGGAUCCUACCUUAUCCUAACCCUGCUUGAUAUCUGCUUGCAACCAUGUCAACCAAAUCCACCAGCCGUGUUCUGGGUGGAAAGGCUUCUUCCUCUCCACUUUUGUCUUCACCACCCCGCCAGCGCCUGGUCACCAAAGAUGGACACUGUGCCCUUCGUCCCCCUUUAUACCCCUCAGGCUCAUGGCAUGGGUCCUCAGGCAGAGCCUGGCUGCUGGCCAUGCAGGACCUAUGGGGACUGGUGGUGGGGCUGCGCUGGAGAUGGGUCCUGCUGGCUUUCUGUGCCUCCUUCUUGGCCCAUUGGCUGCUUUUUGCCUGCCUGUGGUACUUGCUGGCCCACCUCAACGGAGACCUGGCUGUGCAGGAUCAUGAUGACCCCCCACAGGGGCAUGUAGUUUGUGUGAAAUACAUCACCAGUUUCACUGCUGCCUUUUCCUUUUCCCUGGAGACACAGCUGACCAUUGGCUAUGGCACCAUGUUCCCUAGCGGGGACUGUCCCAGUGCCAUAGCACUGCUGGCUGUGCAGAUGCUGCUGGGGCUCAUGCUGGAAGCAUUCAUCACAGGUGCAUUUGUAGCCAAGAUUGCACGUCCCCAGAAGCGAGCAGGCGCUAUCCAGUUCAGCCCCCAGGCAGUGGUGGGUCAACACCAGGGCCAGAAGUGCCUCUUGCUACGAGCCACCAACCUGCUACAGCGACCUUUGGUAGACGUAAAGGUGAGUGCUGUGCUUUAUGAGGAGCACGAGGGACAGGCCCUGCACCAGACCUCUCUGGACUUUCACUUGGAUCAUUUGGGCCAGCAGCCCUGUCCCUUCUUCAUCUUCCCUCUCACAUUUUACCACACCCUGGACCGCCAGAGCCCCCUCUACCCUGCCCUAUGUGAGGGUGCAUCCAACCACUUUGAGUUGGUGGUCUUCCUGUCAGCCUUGCAGGAGGGAACUGGUGACUCAUGUCAGAAAAGGACCUCCUACCUGCGCCAAGAAAUCCAGUUUGACCGCCGCUUUGUCCCGGCCUUAGUACUUGAUGCUCAGGGGAGGUACAUAGUGAGCACCCAGCACUUUGACACGGUCCACUCAAAGGAGCUUUUGAACAAGGACUGUGUAGUGCAAAUCAAUGGAGAUGGCAGCGAUAGGAUGGAGUAAGGAUGAUGAAAGCAAAGUGUCAUAGGGACAGAGUGGAGUUUCUAAAGGGUAUCUGGGGAGGGUAAAAACAGUGCAGAUAUUUUUGUCAGGAGCUACUUGGUAAAUCUGAAUUAAUAUUUAAACAUCUGAAAUUAAAAUGUGUAUCACACAUGGGUGCUGAGUCCUCAGUGCACACCCAGGGUAUCAUCUCCCACUGGUUUCCCAGUCAUCAAUACUGACAGUUGCUUUGGUUGGAAUCCCUGGCCAGCAGAGGGCACCGCUUCCAGGAACUAAAUGAACAAAAAAGUGGUUUUAUGAUUGUCACUUUGGCUGUUGGUUCUAUUGGUUAGAAGAGCAUUAUCACAACAUCCUCACCAACUCACAGCUAGAUUGCUAAAUAUACAUUCUGGAGGACAAGAAACACGAACAGUCAGAUGAUCAGACAAGUUGGAAACAAACCCCCAGGUUAGACAGACUUAUCUGAAGAGUAAAAUGGCAUCCAUCACAGUUUACAAACCCACUUCCUGCUUUAGUUUUGACCUACUGUACUUAUUGUAGUUGUCUGCACAGUUGUCCUGAGCAGUGAGGGCUCAUUAUCUGCUGUACAACUGUUUAACUGUUGGUUUGUGUACAGUAGGUCAAAUCAUCUCAAUACUUGUGUUUGUUGUAGUGUUGGGCCUAAUGUCAGCCAUGUCUCUGCAUUCUGAGAUCUCUGCAAUUACUAUGUUGAUUACAAUGUUAUCAUACCUGAUAGAACCAGUGGCCAGGGAUGUGAAAACAAUUUUUGUUGUAAUAAAUCACAGUUUUCUUUAAAAUUUUUAUCCAAAUUAAUUUGCAUUUUAUUAUUUGUACUUAUCACGUAAUGUUUGGGACAUGGACUGAGUAUGACCAAGCUGUAUUUGAAAAUAUUUAGCUCAGUUGUGUUGCCACAAUGUGUAAUGUGAACGCAUUAUAUAUUGGACAAACACACUACUCCAAAUGAAUAAUUAUGUUGCCCUGAUUUAUUUAUAAGAAGAUGAAAUGUGAUAGCUAUGUCUGACCAACACAUUCUCAUCCCAGGACAUCAACUGUUGACGCUUUGUCAAGGUCCUUCUGGUGUCUCAUACUGACACUGAAGGGUACCUUGGGCAUCAAUAUGAAGCACACAGGGUUGUCAGUACAAAACAGUGUUAACCCACUCAGCUCAGUGUGAGAAGCCAAAGGUACUUCAUAAAAUAUGAGCAAACACCUUGGGUUUAGGAAAACCCUGGGUUAAAACGCUCUGAACAAAAUGCACAAUGUCUCUCGCUGGACUCAGACUCUGCUCACUUGUGGGAAAAUUCAAUGACUGGUGCAGGUGUGUUAACAUCACACUGUAUUGUAUAGUGCCUGACAAAGCAUUUGAUGCCUUAGGAAUAAGAAUGUACUGGUCUGUUGGCCUGUGCUUGUGUCUCAAAAUGGCAAGACUAAUGGAUAAAUGUAGCUUUAGGACAUAUGUAAACUUGUGAGACAUGUGAGCCCCUGUGUGUACAUGGACAUUUUUGACUUCUGACAAUUAUUUGAAUAAUGCUAUGAUCACAUUAAGGUGUUACACAUACGGGGUUUAAGAAAAUAGCACAGAGAGAACUUUACUGUAUCUAUGAGUGAAUUAAGACCUGUGUGCAUGUUCUUCUUUUUGGUGUAGUGUCUCAGAAAGUUGUAUCUGGCUUUAAAGAAUGAAUUUAAAAUCUGUUUAUUCAGUUUGAAAUGAAAAUUGUAUACCUCGAUUUACUGACAUUUGAAUUGAUCAGUUCAGUUUCACAACAAUUCAUUUCCUAUAUUUCACAUGCAAGUAAAAAAAAAAUGGGCUCAGUUCAAAAUCAAACCACUUUACAAUUUCAAAUUCUGAACUGCAGAUUCAGAUGUACUGCAUUCACAUCUGAUCUCUGCUGGCACAAAUCUCUGCCCUUAUGUUAAGAGGUGGUGAGGCUGACUAAUAAAGGUGUUAAAAGUAGUAAUGAUGAAAGUACAUUACACAUUUAGCACAAGGCAUAUGAAGUUCUCUAACUUCCUAACAUUAACAUUAUGUCACACUUGAACCUGGUUUGAACCUUUGUGGUGAAUGAAUCAGUGGCUCUAAAUUGCACAAAGGUGUGAAUAUGAGUGUGUUGUCUCUAUAGGUACAUCCCAAGUCUCUUAUAUGCACCCACCCCUACCAAACCUGUGUCCUCUCUGUGUGUCAUGUAAGAUGUGUGGAAAAGAUGCAAGGAAAAAAUCCGUGAGGAGAGGAGUCAAUGAAAGAUGUUCAGAGAGACAUUAGACAUCCUUUCCACUGAACCAGAAGUGUCCAAUUACCUAUUGAUUUCCAAUAAAGGGUCAUGUCGGUCAAUAAAAGACUUCUGCAAAGGUUUGUUCCAUGUAUCCUUGCUUAGGGCUCCUUCAGUAGCCUCCUCACUCGUCAAUCCGCAGAGCACCUAUAAGAGUCUCGGGAGGCCUUCGUUGAGGAACGAUCAUAUAAGAGACUUGAGAUGUACCCUAUAUCAAGUUACCCGUCUAGAGUGCACCCCAUCUUUUGCUCUAUGUCAGCUGGGAUUGUCUCCUGACCCAGAUCCAGGUUGCAAGAUAAAAUGAUACUGAGUCCACAUCUAUGCUACUAGCCUCAUCUGCAAAGCAUUGCUUUGAGAUAAAUGCUAACGUCAGCAUGCAAACAUGCUCACAGUGACAAUGGCUGUAUUUAUAUUUAGAGAGAACCCUCCCAGACUUCUGUCAUACAGUACACAGUAUAUAUUGUAAUCACACUAGACACUGACUCAAGGUGAUAAAAACUGAAGGUGUGAUAGAGGGAGAGAGGUGGAACGACGAAUGAAAGGGUAAAUGUUGAUAUUUUCUGCAAAACGUCCAUAUACUUUUAUUAACUAUAAAACUGAAGUCCUGACAUUUGGAAUCAGUCAGUGCUAACUGACAUAAAGAGUAUGUCUACUAUGUUUAUCAUCAUAGGGCGGCAUGGUGAAACAGUGGUUAGUGCUGUCGCCUCACAGCAAGAAGGUUCUGGGUUCGACCUGGUGCCUUUUUGUGUGGAG